CAGCCACUCGUCAUAGCUGUAGUAUACUCGUAUUAUGUCUCUUAACACGAUGAUUACUGCGACGUUUGUCCUUGUGUUCGUGAUUUGGGCAGGAGUGGCGUUUGGCUCGCCAGAAGAAUCUCUUUUGGUUCAGAAUUUAUUUACUGAUGCUCAAUACGACAAGUAUAUUCGACCUGCGCCUCGGUUCGAUGUAGCAAUCUAUGUGAAUUUUAGCCUCGGAUUGAAUGUUCUCCUUGACGUGGAUGAAAAAAGUCAAACGAUCACAUUAAGCUGCCACACGGAUCAGGAAUGGAUUGACAUGCGCCUCCUGUGGAAUCCAGCAAAUUACAGCGGUUUAACAGAAGUGGUCGUACCAGCUGACUGGUUUUGGAGACCCACUAUUAUAUUAUCAAAUGCGGCUGAUGGUGAUUACUACGUACCGAGAGGACGAGAAAUUUUACUAGACUACACUGGGAGAAUAAAAAACAACCCCCCUGCCAUAUUCAAAAUUGCAUGCAAGAUGGAUCUCGAAAAGUUUCCGUUUGACGUACAACGUUGUACGCUCAAGUUUUCGGUAUGGCAGUACGCCACAGAUAAGAUAUUGUUCUCGCCUUCCCAGGAUACUGUAGCUAUGUGGAGUAAUACUCAAAGUAGCGAGUGGUACAUAGAUGAGACAUCGGUUAUUGGCAGUUUGUAUGAUCAUAAUAAUAAAUCUUGGGGCAAAAUUAGCGCUACUUUCACGUUGAGACGCAUGCCUCUGUACUACCUAAUAAACAUAGUUCUCCCGUGUGUAGUGAUGGCGCUAUUGACUGUAUUGUUAUUUCUUCUUCCGUCCGACUGCGGUGAGAAAAUGUCUUUCGGUGUUUCCAUCCUGAUCUCUAUCUCUGUCUUCACGUUAUUGGUGGCAGAUAUUAUGCCGGCCACAUCGGAUAGCGUGCCUCUUAUAAUGCGUUUCUUGAUCUUCGACUUGGUGUUUGUAGCGGGCUCCAUCGUCGCCUCGGUAUUCGUCUUGCGCGUACAUCACCGCUCUAAAGGAAACCUAUCGAUAAAACCAUGGAUGAGAAAGCUGUUCAUGGUAUGUCUACCGUACUGCUUGUUCAUGGAACCAAAGACAAAAUUGUCCAAGGUACGAAAUUGUCAGGCUGAGAUUAAGAAGUCGUUACCGAACAUGGAAGAAGAAGGAAAGCACCAGACCAGCCAGCUGUCGGUAUUUGGUUAUGAAUCCAGUGAACCAGGUAAUAAGAAGGUACAACUGCCACCGUACGAUGCAUAUGUAGAUCAACUCAGAGAGAUGAGAAAUGAGAUGAAUCGACAGAAUGAGAAGGACCAGAGACACGAUAAAGAAAAAGAGAUGGAAGAUGACUGGAAAUACAUGGCGACUGUAAUGGACAGACUGUUUCUUGUGAUUGGACUCCUGGCCUAUAUCAUGGCACUCAUACUUAUGUACAACGAGACUCAAUAAUACAUACUUCUUAAUACACUCAUUCAUUUGCACCGUUAGUGCUAGUUUGCGUAUUUUUAUAGAAAUGUGACAAAUACCUUUCAUGUUUCAUUAUACUGAUAUCAUGCAUAUAUUUAUGAAUAUUUUAAAUUAUAUGUCUUAUCGAUUUUAUUAUCGAUGGAUUUGAUUAUACGUUUUAUAAUUGAUGUAAACGGCCUAUCGCUAUUUACUUGAAAUACGGAUGUAUUCGAUCAUUGUGGUAACGUGACGUACAUUCACUAUAAUAUGUACACAUCCACUGAGCCCAAUUUAAAUUCUGGUAGAAUGUCGUGUAAUUCUACACAUAAUUUUUAAGAAAGUUGGUCAUAAAAUCGCAUGAUAAUGUUCAUUGGUUAAUUGUGUAAAAACAAAAGUCAUUGUCCAAUAUCACCAUAAAAUAGCAUUCUUUUGUGUGUUACAGUGACGUAUUUUGAUAAAUUUGUUCUAGUAUUUAAACAAAAAUAGAAUAAUUCCAUAGAGCACAAUGUGAAAGAAAAAUUGUAUUUCUUUGACAUUAUUAUAACCCAGAUUUAUCAAAUAAAAUGUCAUUCAUAAUAUAGUAGUUUUUUCAGCCUAUGAUGUCACCAGUCUACAAUUUGAGAUAUGACAAAAUAUCUCUGCCAUAGGAACCUAUGGUAAAGGCACUAUAAUACUGCCAACAUUGCCUCUGUCCAUUAAAAAACAACCAUUAUUUUCUCGAAAAUUGAGCUGGUGACCCGCAACUUUUUUAAAGUCAAUAUCCUUCUAUUUAUUAGAAAAUUACUACUUUCUGGGUAUUUGAAAUCAUGAGUAUGCUUCUACUUUAAAUAGUCACACCUAUGACGAUAGUAUAUCAUUGUAAUGUAAAAUGGAGGUCAUGUGAGGGUAUGUAGAGUUUUUCGCUUGACAUAUACAACCACAUGUUUGACCUUUCGUUGCCAUAGAUACGUGUAUAAACACUACAUUCCAGUAAAUCAUAUGUACACGUUGAUAAAAUGCACUUGAAAGCAGUGAAGAACAAGAAAAUGGAAAACAAUUUGGGGAAAAAAUCAUAUAUGUAUUAUGUAAUUUAUUAUAAUUACCAAUUCAAAUUUUGUGUUUACAUCCGGGACUUUAUAUCUCAACUCAACGGACAAUUUUUAUUAGUAGUAGAUGUGUAUUAUUUCAUUCUAUUCAUCGUUGUAUCACCCCCGUAGUGUUUAUUCAAUGCAUAAUACAAUACUUCAAUGUCAGUUAUUAAUCAGAAUCAAUAAAUAUAUUUAAUCUUUCGUAAAUC